ACGAACCGGAAGAGAGUGAAAUGCUUUCGGUAGGCAGUCCACGGCUGUGAAGAUGGCGGCGGCUGCGUGGCUUCAGGUGUUACCUGUCGUUGUUCUGCUUCUGGGAGCUCAGCCGUCACCACUGUCGCUUUUCAGUGUGGGACCGGCACCCGUAGCUGCUGCCGACCGGUCCAAAUGGCACAUUCCAAUACCGUCGGGGAAAAAUUAUUUUAGUUUUGGAAAGAUCCUCUUCAGAAAUACCACUAUCUUCCUGAAGUUUGAUGGAGAACCUUGUGACCUGUCUUUGAAUAUAACCUGGUAUCUGAAAAGUGCUGAUUGUUACAAUGAAAUCUACAACUUCAAGGCAGAAGAAGUAGAGAUGUAUUUGGAAAAACUUAAGGAAAAAAGAGGCUUGUCUGGGAGAUAUCAAACGUCAUCAAAAUUGUUCCAAAACUGCAGUGAACUCUUUAAAACACAGAGCUUUUCUGGAGAUUUUAUGCAUCGACUGCCUCUUUUAGGAGAAAAACAGGAGGCUAAGGAGAAUGGAACAAAUCUUACCUUUAUUGGAGACAAAACUGCAAUGCAUGAACCAUUGCAAACUUGGCAAGAUGCACCAUACAUUUUUAUUGUACAUAUUGGUAUUUCAUCCUCAAAGGAAUCAUCAAAAGAAAAUUCACUGAGUAAUCUUUUUACCAUGACUGUUGAAGUGAAGGGUCCCUAUGAAUACCUCACGCUUGAAGACUAUCCCUUGAUGAUUUUUUUCAUGGUGAUGUGUAUUGUAUAUGUCCUGUUUGGUGUUCUGUGGCUGGCAUGGUCUGCCUGCUACUGGAGAGAUCUCCUGAGAAUUCAGUUUUGGAUUGGUGCUGUCAUAUUCCUGGGAAUGCUUGAGAAAGCUGUCUUCUAUGCAGAAUUUCAGAAUAUCCGAUACAAAGGAGAAUCUGUCCAGGGUGCUUUGAUCCUUGCAGAGCUGCUUUCAGCAGUGAAACGCUCACUGGCUCGAACCCUGGUCAUCAUAGUCAGUCUGGGAUAUGGCAUCGUCAAGCCACGCCUUGGAGUCACUCUUCAUAAGGUUGUAGUAGCAGGAGCCCUCUAUCUUUUGUUCUCUGGCAUGGAAGGGGUCCUCAGAGUUACUGGGUAUUUUUCUUAUCCCUUGACUCUGAUAGUAAACCUGGCCCUCUCAGCAAUUGAUGCCUGUGUUAUUUUAUGGAUAUUUAUUAGCCUGACUCAAACAAUGAAGCUAUUAAAACUUCGGAGGAACAUUGUAAAACUCUCUUUGUAUCGGCAUUUCACCAACACGCUUAUUUUGGCAGUGGCAGCGUCUAUUGUGUUUAUCAUCUGGACAACCAUGAAGUUCAGAAUAGUGACAUGUCAGUCGGACUGGCGGGAGCUGUGGGUAGACGAUGCCAUCUGGCGCUUGCUGUUCUCCAUGAUCCUCUUUGUCAUCAUGGUUCUGUGGCGACCGUCUGCAAACAACCAGAGGUUUGCCUUUUCACCAUUGUCUGAGGAAGAGGAGGAAGAUGAACAAAAGGAACCUAUGCUGAAAGAAAGCUUUGAGGGAAUGAAAAUGAGAAGUACCAAACAAGAACCCAAUGGAAAUAGUAAAGUUAACAAAGCACAGGAAGAUGAUUUGAAGUGGGUAGAAGAGAAUGUUCCUUCUUCUGUGACAGAUGUAGCACUUCCAGCCCUUCUGGAUUCAGAUGAGGAACGAAUGAUCACACACUUUGAAAGGUCCAAAAUGGAGUAAGGAAUGGGAAGAUUUGCAGUUAAAGAUGGCUCCUAUCAGGGAAGAGAUCAGCAUCUGUGUCAGUCUUCUGUACGGCUCCAUGGGAUUAAAGAAAGCAAUGACAUCCUGAUCUGUUCCUUGAUCUUUGGGCACUGGAGUUGGCAAGAGGUGUCAGAACAAAGAGAACAUCUUACUGAAAACAAGUUCAUAAGAUGAGAAAAAUCUGCAAGCUUCAUAUUUACAACACUGAUGCCCCCUUUCCUCCCAGACUCUGACUGGAUGUUCAUGCAACUUAAAUGUGUUGUUCCUGAACUUUCUGUAAUGUUUCAUUUUUUUAAUCUGACAAACUAAAAAGUUUAACGUCUUCUAAAGGACUGUCAUCAACACCAUAAUAUGUAAUCUCCAGGAGCAACUGCCUGUAAUUUUUAUUUAUUUAGGGAGUUACAUAGGUGAUGGGGGAAAUUGUUAACUACCUUUAAUUUUCCUGGGAAGUCAAGGUUACAUCUCGCAGAGGUUGUUUUGAGAAAAAAGGGCCCUUCUGAGUUAAGGAGCCAUAAUUCUGUGAGUGAUCAAAAGAAAGAAAAAAGAAACUGUUACAGUAUGAUUCAGAUCAUUUAAAAAAGCAAAAUCAAGUGCAAUUUUGUUUACAAAUGGUGUAUAUUAAAGAUUUUUCUAUUUCAGAUGUACUUUAAAGAGAAAUAUUAGCUUAACUCUUUUGACAUCUGCUAUUGUGACACAUCCCAUUGCUGGCAAUGUGGUGCACACUCCGAAACUUUUAACUACUGUUUUGUAAGCCUCCAAGGGUGGCAUUGCAGGGUCCUAGGCAAUGUUUUGCUUGCCUUUAUGCAGAGAGGUGCUCCAAGUGCUGUGAUUGAGCACCAUGCUAGAGGAACUGUAAUGCUUCAGAAGUGGUAGCUUAUACAAAGGAAACAGGUCCUGCUGGCUUAAUUUAAACAGUUAUUGCAUGAAGUAAUGUGGAGGCCCUGGACUGCUGCUCAUUCUUUAGGAUGGACUGUUCUGGUAUCUGGUAUUGGUUUAGAGCCUGUUUAUAAGGGACAUCACAAGGUGAUGGGAUUCAUUUGAAGCACUCUAUUUCUGUUUUAAUGGUUUUAUCCAAUUUUGCCUUCCCAAGAUUUUUGUUCUACAUAAAAAGUUCAUGCCACUUUUUAAUAUAAAAAAUUUAACAAAA